UCUUUUUAGUAUCUUUUGGAUUUUUUUUUUUUAUUUUUCAAUGCUUUUUUUUUUUUUUAAAUCAAUCGGGUAGACUGUGGUUGAUGUGGCGUACAUUUUGUGAAGCAGUACUGACGGCUAGCUGAUGAUGCUAAUGAGCUGGCCUAACUCGUUUUGUUUUUUUUUUCAAUUUUUGUAACUAAGUCGAAUUUUUGGAAUUUGAUUAGCAUGCUGUUUGCAAAUGUAGAACAUUUUUAACAAACUCAAGGAAGACUGGUUGUAAUUUUACGUAAAAUGGACUGAAUAUACUUUCCAUGGAAUAUUUUUGAAUGUUGUUGCGGGCUUCGGAAUUUUAAACAUGGCUUUUUUUACGUUUACCCGAGCGAUUGAGUUGUAUUUUAGCAUACAAAGAAUGUGCACCAUUAAUAAUAUUUUUGCGUCAAACUUUCGUUUUUGUGUGUAUCAUCAUCAUGGCCCAUGGGCGAUAAGAUAGACUAAUUAUAUUAAUAUAUGAGACGUUACUCGAAUCAUGCUCCUUUUAACAUGAGAAGUAUCGCUAAUGAGUUAUUUUUCUUUUGUAGACUGUAUAAGUUUCUUAGUUGCGAUAAAGAAUUCGCCCUGUGUGUUUUAACUGAAAAGGCUUGGCUGGUGCUCCCGUAAGCGCUCGUGUCCUGCAUCCACCAGUUCUCGCGUGGUCACGCCGGGUCACGUGGUUAGUGUUGGCGGGAGUUUUCUCAAGCGGGCCAUCAGUGGCAACUACACUAGCAGGGAAUGGUUAUUUUUCUCUGAUUAACGUAUACAGGCAACCAGGCAUUGUUAAGGCUAAAAUGUUAUUUUGUGUUCUUUUUAUACCUGUGCUUGUUUUUUACAUUGGACUUCCCAGGGAUCUUUAUUCAGGCAUCCUUAGCGAGGCCAUUGCUGAUGUGAUGGGAAUGUGCUGAGUUAAACAGGCUUUAUGUAUGUAUUGGGGCACUGUAACUUCUCAGUACAUUGUUAUUGAAUAGGUGCAGUCUUACAGAACUUUAUUAAGUGUAUUGUAUGGGCAAACUGUUUUGUGGGUGUUGUAUGUCAAUAUACAUCCCUUGGUGUAAGUCUGUAGCUUUAGCCUUUUUGUGGCAUAUUUUUCACCCACCUACGUCAGAUGUAGUUUACCUUGAAUUGCAUUAAUAAAAGUAUGAGUUGUUUUUUUUUUUUUUUUUGAGAUGUGCUUUUCAUUACUUCUUUAUAUGUGGAGCUAUUAAUGUUUUAUGUAUAUUUUGUGCACAUGCAUUAUGAAACGUCACUGUUGUAGGCUGCCCCCAGUUUCCUUUAGUUUUCCCUUGGGGUUACCUCACUGUUGCCAUCCCUUUCUAAUUCAGUUUUUGUUUCCCCUUUUCAUUUUUUCAGUUUUUGCUGCACCUUUUUUGAUCAGCGAAGACCCUUCAGCAGUGGCCAGUAGCUUAAUGCUUGCAUCUACCCUUGGAAGCAGGACAUCUGUGCCUAUUUGCAAGGGAGAAAUGGACAAGGGUCUUUCCCCAGUCAGCAGCCUCAUGGCGAGCAACGUGACCAACAAGACAGACCCGCGCUCGAUCAAUUCACGGGUUUUCAUCGGAAACCUGAACACGCUCCUGGUGACCAAGGCUGACGUGGAGGCCAUCUUCAGCAAGUAUGGCAAGAUCGUGGGCUGCUCUGUGCACAAGGGCUUCGCCUUCGUCCAGUAUGCCAAUGAGCGGAAUGCGCGAGCUGCAGUGGCCAGCGAGGAUGGCCGCAUGGUUGUCGGACAGGUCCUUGACAUCAAUUUGGCAGGUGAGCCCAAGCCACACAGGGCAAAGUCAGCCAAACGUUCAGCGGCAGACAUGUACAGCAGUUCCUCCUAUGACCUGGACUAUGACUUCCACAGAGACUACUAUGACCGGAUGUAUUCGUACCCAUCACGAGUGCCCCCACCGCCCCCGCCGCCCCUUUCUCGUGCAGUGAUCCCUUCCAAACGCCCACGGAUCAGCAUGAGUGGGGGGAUCAGCCGCCGCACCAAGACCAGCUUCUCCUCUUCCUCGUCGAAGAGCAGCCAGCGGACCUCCUCUCGCACAAUGAAAGCAGAUGAUCUGCAGACCAUUAAGAAGGAGCUGACCCAAAUCAAACACAAGGUGGACUACUUGCUGGAGAGCUUGGAGCGCAUGGAGAAGGACCAUAGCAAGAAGUUAGAAGGGAAGAGUGGAAAGGUUGACAUGGGCGAGCUGUCAACACUGCAGCACUCAAGCAGCUCCAGCAGUAAGAAGGAUGAUGGCGGAAAGAGGGAGAGAGAGAGGGAGAGUCAGGAGCUGAACGACUCUGAGGAGGAGGAGGGCGACCUGCUGGAGGAGGAGGUGAAAAGUCGAAGGGAGGAUGACGAUGAUGAAGAGGAGGGAGAGCAGGAGGAAGGAGAGGACGAUGGGGACAGUGUAAAUGGCGAUGAUGACUCAUAGAGAGAGCAGUCAAACGAUCACACACAUACACAGAGGUCUUGCAGAAGUGGGGAAGCACACUGAUUUGCAGAGGUAUUUUCAUAUCUACCUGAAUAAUCAAGGAGUGGACAGAAUGUUUGAUAGAUUUUGGAACAACUCUCGUUCAAAGGUGACUUUGGCGGAUGGAGAACAGCAGUAAUUUUUCAUCCCACCUUUCAAGCUGCCUCUCCCCGUGUUUUCAUUCUGCAUUUGCAGCCGUUAUACAAGAUUUGGUGAAAGUUAAUUCAGUUUUAUUUGACCAUCCUUCUCCUGCAAAGCUAUUUUUAUUUUUGUAGCUCAUUGUAAUUACUACAUUCAGGCUGGUUGUACAGUAAAAUAGUUUUCAGUGUGAAGGGGAAACUUGCAGUUGUACUGCAGUUUUUUUUCUUAAGCAACAAGUAGCAGUGCGAAUGGAUUUGAUUCCAUCAGUUGUAAUCGGUUUAGUCUUCAAACUUUUUAAGGUGAUGAUGUUACAAGUGACAUUAGUAGAAACGUGUAUUUUUGGAAGGAAACUUAGCAUUUGUCUAAAUGUCUCCUGAUCACCUCUGAUUUGCUUAUGUGUUUUUCCUUCUUGUUCAUAUUUAAAUAAAAUGUUGGAAAAACG